AUGUCAGACUCUGAUCCAACUUCCACCAUAAAGAAUCAACACCGUUUAGUCACAGAUUAUAAAGUUCUAUGUGACAUCUAUGAUUCUGAUUCUACCACAUACAUGAGGUCAGUUUUGUGCUUUUCUAACCGUGAAGAGUUAAAGAACAUACGUAGAAGAUGGGUUCCUUCCUUUUUGCUUCUUAGGGUUUUGGAUCUACUAAACAUUCGCAUCCUUGAUUUCAAAGACAUAAAAAUACUAAUUCAUUUAAGGUACCUAGCUGUUUGGUCAGGCUACCGUGACUUUAAAUUCUCAGAGGCUGGUCUCUCGAGGCUUCAAACUCUCAUUCUCAAAGGCAAGUAUGGAAAUGUCAUGUAUUCACCGAAUUUGCAAAAUAUGGCGAAUCUAAGGCACUUACUGAGUGAUAGGAUUAUUUUAAUUCACACGUUUCCUGUAUUAUUAAACCUGCAAACCAUUUCCAAGCUAAGAGUAGAUGACUUGCUUGUACUGCAAUCUUUUCCAAACCUCAAGAAACUUGCGUGUUCUGUUUCUGAGUUCUUUGACUUUUCGUCAUUAACUCGUCUUGAAGCUUUAAACGUGGAGAACGACAUGGAUGAACCAUUAACUAUAGUGAAUCCAAUUAGGUUUCCGAAAACCUUGAAAAAACUGACCUUAAAAGGGUUACGUCUUCCUUGGAGUUACAUGUCAACAAUUCAACAGUUACCCAAUCUCGAGGUUCUAAAAUUACUAGACUCUUCCUUCAAGGGAAGCCUGUGGGAUGCUGGUGAUGGACAGUUUUGCCAACUGAAAUUCCUUAAAUUAGAGCACCUGGACAUCAAAUUUUGGGAAACCUCUAGGAUCAGUUUCCCCUGCCUCAGGAAACUAGAGGUGAGAAGUUGCAAAAAACUGAAGGAAAUUCCAUUCGACAUAGGGUUUAUCUCCACACUCGAGCAUAUUGACAUUGACGAAUCGAAUUCUUCUGUACUCAAGUCUGUCGAUAAAAUUCAAGAAGAGCAGCGUGAAAUGGGAAACUAUGACCUCCAUGUCACGUUGGUUGACGUUGCUCCACUUGAAGCUUUCUUUCAAGGAGACCCCUUUUAUGAAUAA